UUCGAAUGGUACCGAUGAUCAAACAAGUUCGACGGAUCCUGCGAUCAAUCUAAUAAGUACCCAAUUCUUCCGUCUCUCACCGGCAAUCUGAUAGGCUCUCUUCCAUGGACACUGCUGGAGUUCUUGUGAGGCCGAUGGCAUAACAACAGUCAAAACUAACACAACAGCUAUCAUUUCAGUUUUCAGGUAUCACUAAAUAGAACGUGUUUCACUGCUUUCAAACAUCAUUCUAGACAAACAGGAAUCUUGUUACAGAAAGCUUCUCAAGUGAAGAGAACCAGAUAAGAGGCGCCCAUUUAUCUUCAGAGGAAAAUGAAAGAUCAGAGUGGUUACGUACCACCUCGUUACAUUCCCCUGGGCCAGUCAGAUCUAGAGACAAGUAUACUUUCUAACACUGAUGAAUCUCCCACACAGAAUGAAAGCAGUAGUGAUGUCCCAGUUCAAUGGUCCUCUGGAAUAUGUGCUUGUUUUGAUGAUCUACAAAGCUGCUCCGUUGGUACGAUAUGUCCUUGCUUUCUUUUUGGAAAGAAUGCAGAAACUCUAGGAUCUGGCACAUUCAUGGGAUCAUGUACAACCCAUUUUAUCAUAUGCGGCCUUAUCAAUUCCUUUUGCUGCUUGGUAACGGGAGGCGUGAUUCUAGGCUUUCCUGGAUGCUUUGCUGCAUGCUAUGCCUGUGGAUACCGCAAAGCACUACGCACAAAGUAUAAUCUGCAGGAAGCUCCGUGUGGGGAUUUUAUGACGCACCUUUGCUGCCAUUUGUGUGCGGUAUGUCAAGAAUACAGGGAAAUUCGUGAAAGGUCUGUGGACAUCAACCCACAUGCAAACAUAGUAGAGGUUACAGCUCCUCAGGUGCAGACAAUGGAUUUAGCUGUGCGGAAAUAACCUUAUCUAGCCGUUAUAUAUCUAUUGUGUUCUUUCUUUGUUCUCUUCAUUCACAAAUAGAAUCUUGUCAUUGUAAACGUGAUUGUAAGGUUCAUCUUUCAUGCGACUUUUAGAUACAUUAGUUGUUGACUGUAUCAAUGUGGGUGGGUUCGGGAUUUACAAUAUCUAGUGGUCUUUCUUGU